AUGUUUUUUAUAAACUAUUGUCAGAACAUGUCUCCCACAUACAUGUCUGAUUGGUCUCUCCCCUCAUUGUUUCCCUUCGGCUCUCACAUUGCAACCCAAGAUGAAAUCUAUGCAAUAACUGUUCUGCCAAACUUUUCCUCUGAGAAUGUGAUGCUGUAUGCUGUCAAGUCAACUCCCGGUCGAUGGUUUGCUAUGUCUCACCUUCUCACAUCAGAAGUCUUUAUCUUACUGUCUUUACAUGAGAGAAUUUCUCUGUUUCCAAACUGUGUUUAUUACGGACCAAGUCAGGGCCAGUUUUAUGGCGGAAGUGUUCUUGCCAAAUGA